AUGAGCCGAGUAGCAGAUUCAAAUGUGUUUGAUGCAGUGAAUCAUCUGUUCAGCAUCCCUGAGAACAUUGAGAAGUUGAUGCUUCAUCCGCGGCCCGGUGAUCAUCAUACACCCAAUGAAAACAGGAGCAAUCAUAUUCCUGUCGACAUUUUGGAUGCUGCCAAAGAGUACAUUUUCUACAUGGAUGUCCCUGGCUUGUCCAAGUCUGACAUCCAGGUGACCGUUGAAGAUGAGAAUAGUCUGGUCAUUAGAAGUGGAGGGAAGAGGAAACGCGAAGAUGGUGAUGAGGAAGGCUGCAAGUACAUCAGGCUUGAAAGGAAGGCACCUCAGAAGUUGAUGAGGAAGUUCCGGUUGCCCGAAAAUGCCAAUGUGUCUGCCAUCACUGCUAAAUGCGAAAAUGGGGUUUUGACUGUGGUUGUUGAGAAGCAUCCUCCACCAGCAAAGCCCAAGACAGUUGAAGUUUCUAUCUCUUGA